AUGGCUAAGGGCGGUGCGACGGCUGGGCGCGCACGCAAGGCUGCCGAGAAGGCCGACUACCCUACCCUGAAGCGUACGGCCGCUGCUACCCUCGAGAAACUCAAAAAAGCUCAGUUGGCGAAGCGUAGAGAGGCUCGAGUCCGCAAAUCGGCGGAGCAGGCCGCAGAGGAGGAGCGACAACUGUUGGCGCGAGAGCGAGUCCUGCGCGCCGAUCUGAAGAAGGAGCUUGGGGAGGAGCAGCGACGUAGAAUCGAGGCGGAGCAACGGGAGCAAGCAGCGAUCGCACACGAGCAGGCCUCGGAGCAUCAGAGGCAGCAGCAGAGGGCUGCUGAUGGAGAGGCGGUGGCGAACGUGCUGACCCAGCUGGGAAUCUUGCGGUUGGAGAAAAAAAUGCUUCAAGAUCAACGCGAGAUGGUUGAGAUUUUUUGUCCACAAGCGGCAAGCGUGAUGGCUGUGCAGCAACAGCAGCACAACGGGAACCGGCUGCUUUCCGCGAAAGACCAGCUCAUCCGCACCCGGAUGGAGAUAGAGCAAGCGAGGAGGGAGCUGGAGGCGGCGUCGGCGUGGGGAAAGGUUGCCGAGACGAGAAAUGCUAAUUUGAGGAAAAAGGAACAGCUUCACGUCCAUGCUGUUGCCUUGUCUCCAAAAACCGCGAGUGAAAUUGCUGCUGCUAAAGCUGAGCUGGUAGAACCGCUGUCGAAAGCGUUCGCAAAUUCCACGUUCACUAAGGAACAGCAAACUCGUAUUUUGGACCUGUGCGCAAAAUAUCGUCCCGUUUUUUCGCUGAAUCGUAAGGAGCUUGGUAAAUGCACAACUGCUCAAGCCAGGCUUCCUAUGCCGCCUAACACGAAACCGGUUAACCAUCGUCCCUACCGCGCAAAUCCGCACACUGAAGCCGUUAUCCAAACGUGCGUUAAGGACAUGCUUGACGAUGACAUCAUCGACGAGCUGCCUGGUCAAUGGGGUUCCCCCGUUACUUUCGUCGCGCGUAAUGAUGGUAAACCUCGUUUUUGCGUCGAUUUCCGAAGCACCGUCAACAAGCACCUCAUUCGCAAGACCUGGCCUCUAGCGAACAUGGAGUCCAACCUUGACUCUGUCGGCAGCGCCAAGUUCAUCAGCGUUGCAGACGUCCAGUCAGCGUACUGGCAGAUUCCUGUUCAUCCUGACCACGUCGAAAGGACAGCCUUUGUCACCAACUCUGGCAAGUACUGUUACAAGCGGAUGCCGUUUGGUGUUUGUAAUGCCCCAUGGAUUUUUACUGAGAUGGCCCAUAAAACGUAAGGCCAUAAUCCCGAAUUGUUGAUUUACAUGGAUGAUUUCUGUGUGCUUCCAGCAACUUUCGAGCAUCAUAUGAACUCUUUGGAGAGCAUGUUCGUAGCUCUCCAAGCAGCAGGUCUGACAUUGAAACCUUCGAAGAUUUCGUUUGGCCCCAAGUCCAUCGAGUAUUUGGGACAUAUUAUUUCGGCUGAAGGUAUUUCUGUCGGGAAGGAUCGUAUCAAAGCCGUCCAAAACCUUCCUACUCCUCGUUGCCUGAAAGAUCUUCGCUCAGUACUCGGGGUGGUUAAUUUUGUGCGCCGGGUCAUACCGGAUUAUGCAGAAACAACCAAUCCGUUGGUGGAGUUAACUCGCAAAGAGUACGCCACAAAAUCACGUUUCGUAAAAGCUUGGAACAAAUCGCACGACGCAUCGUUCGCUCAUCUAAAGCGGUUAUUAACUUCAGCGCCCGUUCUACACUUCCCAGACUUCGAUCGGGAAUUCGUAGUUCAUGUGGAUGCAUCCGAACAUGGGUGUGGCGCGUUUCUUGCCCAGCCGUCCAAGGCUGAUCCAGAGUCUCUUGACAUGAUUGCGUAUUAUAGUCAUAGAUUCAAACAUGGACAGCGUCAUUACUCUGCGUCUAUGAAAGAGUGUUGCGGUGUGGUUCUUGCAAUUUCGCAUUGGCGACCGUACUUAUUUGGGAAACACUUUACGGUGAUCACGGAUCAUCAAGCGUUGACUCAUCUUUUUUAUAUGCAAGACACCAGCAACAUGCUCACUCGUUGGGCUAUCGCUCUUCAAAAUUAUGAUUUUACCGUCAAACACGUAGCGGGAAAAUUGAACGUCGUACCCGAUACGUUAUCUCGUUUAUUUGGCGAAAUUGAGUCCGAAACCAUAUCACACAAACCGGCCCUAGCGUCGAUUUGUAGGAAUGUGCCGAGUGAUCGUCCGUACCAUCCUCCUGGCCCUCGUGACUACGAAAUUUCUGCCGAUUCGUUGAACGAUGUUGAUAUCGUCCAUAAUGGCAACGAACUGUUCGCUAGUGCUGUAUCGCUAUUUCUUGUACUGCAUCCCGCUAAAUUGCGAAGAGAACAGUACAAAGAGUCCGGUCCGUAUAUCGACUACGUCAAGAAACCCAAAACAGCACCGUUACCGUCUAGCGAAAAUAAAGGCACCAUGAGUAAUUACUUCUUGAAUGAGAACGUUUUAUUCAGGUCGUACUUACCAGGGUAUCUUCGUAAACGCAGUUCGUUUCGUGAUCAACUUGUCGUUCCUACCGUUUUGCGUGCGUUAGUCUUGGAUUCUUGUCAUGAUGCUCCUGCGUCAGGGGGUCAUCUAGCGUUCAAAGCCACGUACGAUAGACUCAGAGAUCGUUUUUGGUGGCCGACCAUGUCUAGAGAUGCGUCCAAACACAUUCAGCAUUGUCUGUCGUGCCAACACCGAAAAACGUCCCACAGACGACCGUUAUUACCUGUGGGUCACCGUCCCGUUACUCGUCCGUUUCAGUGUGUCGCGAUCGAUCUCGUUGAAUAUAACUCCGUAUCGCAGGGUUGCAAGUACGUCUUGUCGGUCAUCGAUCACCUGACUCGUUUUCUCGUGUUGAUUGCUAUUCGUGAUAAAAAAGCAACAACAAUUGCACAGGCUCUCGUAGAGCGUGUCUUUUCCGUUUUUUCUCCCCCUGAAACGUUACACAGUGAUCAGGGCACUGAGUUCGAGAAUGAGUUGGUUAAAGAGUUGCAGGCCGUGUUUGGUUUCAAAAAAACUCGGACGUCCGCGUAUCGGCCGCAAGGUAACUCUGUAUUAGAGCGCGUGCACAGCACAAUGCAUGGCAUGCUCGCAAUGUAUGCAAACGUUCGGUUUGAUAAUUGGGCUGAGCUUUUACCGUUUGUGCAACUCGCCCAUAACACCGCGUACAACCAAACUCUUGAGGAAACUCCUCACUAUCUGAUGUUUGGUCGCCAGGCUUUGCUUCCCGUGGAUGUCAUUCUUGGUGUACCGUCUCAUGAUAGCUCUGCUUCGCGUAUGGAAUAUUCACGUCGUACCGUGGAUAACUUGCAACUCGCGUAUGAGAUCGCUCGUCGUAAUUUGAAAGAGCGAACUGACAAGCAAGCAGACUCGAACGAAAAUUUAUCCGUACCGCAGUUUACUCCUGGGGAACAAGUUCUCGUACAUCGUCCCCACACCGUUAUGGAUGGCCCCAAUCCCAAGCUGAUCAGCCCUUGGCAUGGCCCAUUCACCGUUCGUUCAAAAGUAUCACCCGUCAUCUAUCGUGUUUGCAAAGACGGAGAACUCGCGGAAACGUCAGUACACUUGGGUCGUAUGAAAAAGUACUAUGCUUUUCAACGUGAUUCUGUCCCCGAUUUUUCUGAAUUGGAUGAGAUGUUUUUGGGACAAACCCUUCCAAUUCCCGAUUUGGAUGGUACCGUGUUUACCGUAAAAAUUGGACCGUACGUCGUCGAGGGGAUAGACAAAUUUAAACGUGGAGCAGAAAAACCGUCUCUCCACAACUUCCAAUAUCAUUUCCUCUUCAAAGACCGUCCUGAAAGUCUUGGGUGUAGGAAGCACUUCAAAGAAGUACCCCAGUGUCACGAGAUGAUCCGUUCAUAUCGAGCGUGCGUUCUUCGUGAUAAUCCGCACGCCUUUGAUCAUCUUCCUAGAAAGUAGCACUCGUAGCUGCUUCGUAUCGUGUCUCGUGCUGCGUUUGCCUUAUUCGUUUCGUGUUUCGUUUUUUUACAAGGGCUAUGUUUAUUUUUUAUAUUUUUGUGUGUACAUACUGUACUUCGUAUAUUUUAUUGUUCGUCGUCCAGCACGAUCGUUUCGUAGUGCCCGCCGUCCCCAACGUUCCUUCGCAGUCCGGCCGGACAUUGACGUUGUUGGUGGAUACGCCCACGUUGGAUGCAACACCUCGUGGAAGUCGGCAGGCGGAGCCUAGUUUGCGUCGAGAUUCGCCCUCCGCGAACCAAGCAUGGUUGCGUGUCUUCGUUUCGUCGGACAUGCAGAAUAGCGCACGUCAUUUUUAAGGCAUGACGUUGCCCGUUCGUUGUGUGAUUAAAUUUUACUAUAUAUAUUUCGCUAUUUCAAUGACGUACGACAUAGUACCUCGUGCGAGCUCCGUAAACGUUUUCAAUUAUGAUUGGAACGUACGUCCGUGUAUAGACUAUCGUGCGUGGUGUGAAGCGUCCAUUGCCGUUGUGUCGCUGUCCUUGAGAUACGAGUGCGUCGUAUGGGGUCAGUUGAUGCUUUAUGUGAGCGAAUAUGCGUGAUCGGAAGUUCGUCGUUUUCUCGUCCACUCCGUCCUGAAUUGGGGGGUGAUAUCGUCUCACUUGCAGUUUGGGGGAAUUGCAAUUGAUAAUCGAAUUCUGGAUCCAUGCACUUUUGCAUUGUUUACACGGUUUUGUUCAUGCCCGAUUUGUCUUGUCGUUUGUGUGGUGGAUUUUCAUUCCAUACAUCGUUUCUCGCGUGUCGUCCAUCGCGAAAGAGUAGAUGGUGGUCUUGGCCGUGCAAGAGGAACCACAAGAGGACCGGACUUUCGUUCCACUACUGCGUCAAAUCCAUGCUACAGCACAUCAUUUGCUGUACUCGUAAUCACCAUUCGUCGUCGUUCGCCUAUGCAGCACCUCUCAAUUGCGCGAUCGCAUGAGAAGGUCGUAUCGUUACCUCUCCACGAGCUGUGCACAUAUGUUCGUUCGUUGUUGCCGCUGCAUAUCGUUUGAGCAACGUUUUCCCAGCGGGUCGACCCUCGUCAUUUGCCAUCCGACACUUGUGAAAUUUAAGCCUUGCAAGCAACCGUCUUUCACAUGUGCAAUGUCAAAUUAUUUUUCGUUGCUGGAUGUUCGUUACGUGCAACUACCAAGCAGUUCACGGCGUUGUCUCAAGGUACUACUGUACAGUUUUUUUUUACACUAUCGGUGCAAGACGCGCACCGGAGUGAUGCUUUUUUCUGUACACACGUCGUUCGUCGUACGGUAGAUCACAUGUUGCCUACAGCGCCGAGGCGGACUGAAGUGACAUGUUCCGUACACCUUUCGUCAUCUGUGUAGUUAUUCGUUCGUCGUACGGGAAUAGUUGCCAAAAUUCCUGAAUUGCUCUCGUGCAAGCUGUGGUGGUGACUGCGCUAUGUACGAUCGAUGCUCGGAUGAGAUAUUUUGGUGACACGUUCCAAAUUUCAUAACUACAAAACACAAAGCGUUCGUUGAAUGAUGGCAGUCGCCGUACGUUUCGGCCCAAGUCAUUCAACUCAUGUUUUUCAUCAGUACUUCACAAUUUCAUACAAUCUGAGGUAUUUAUGUCAUUCUUGUAUCUUUCAAUCCGGAUUCAGGCCCCGAGAUUGAAGAUAGGGGGGUUGUGUGAAUGCCACCUCAGACUGUCGUAGAUUGUGACGUCAGAUGACCUGUCGGAGAUCUACCUUCGGGGUGUUACCACAGAUAGAGUCAGUGCAGGUUGGAUGCUGAACCUUGCUUCAACACAAGGUUGAUCCCCACCUGCCUCACACACACUCGACUCAACGUUCCGUACAUCAGCCUCUCCACCAGAGGUUGAUCCGGUGUGUAUCCACACCGCCCAUCCUUAAGGGAACUUGCUCACACGCGAACCUGGAGACAACAGUCUCAUACAUAAGAUAAUAUUAACGUGACCAAUACCGUGUUUUCGACAGUCCAAGCGCCUCAAGAAACUUCAUGAAGCCCGCCCACGUCGCCUACCUCACGAUUGAUCCAAAUACCGUUUAUUUGGUACUCUGUCAGCCCCGCAAAGCGCAAGCGCUGCACUCUGAAGUCGAACAGUCCUGAAUAGUGCCAAGCCGGCACUAUAGAGGGAUUUUCAGGCCCUGAAUAGU